UGCACAUUUUCACAUCAGUGGUGGUGAGAAGCGAGAACAGAAAAAAGAGGUUUCGACACAACAGCAGAAUUGACAGGAAAUGGCAAACAGAGGGUUCCUUGUACAUUUUUUCCUUUCUCUUGUAGCUAUGAUCAGUGCAGAAAACACAGAGAGGAGUCCAUGCUACCAGGUAGCGCCGGGUACCGUGGCAGGUGUGGUUCUUGGAGAUAUUGCACUUACAAUUCUCAUUGUCUGUGCCACAUAUUACUGUGCUAGCAAGCGCCGUACCAAGAAAGAAAAAGCUGAGAAAGUCUACAUGAAUGUCAGAGCAAACCUCAAAUCAUGAGGAAAUGGACU